GUUACUGAAGUAUCAAGAAAAGGAAAUUAAGACAAGUGGAAGUAAAGGAAGAGAGAGAGAGAAUUAUAGUUACCACUUUAGAUCCAGCAUAGAAUCAGCUGCCAGAAGUCCAAGAAGAUCCUUCACAAAUGGCAGUGGCAAUCACACUCCUCCUGGUUGGGGUGACCAUCCUACUCGGACAGGCGCACGAUCACAUAGUCAGUGUGGCCACGGCCCAGUGGAUGAAGUUGCGUGAGGUUUUUCUGCAUCGGGUGAUGACAUGGCUUUGGCGGGACAUUGAGCUGACCAGCCCCAUGGAAGAAGCCUCACUCCUUUCCAAAUUGCAGCACUGGCUCUUUUGCACCGCUGCAGCAGCUAUGCUCGCUGAGAUUUGCUGGGUGGCCUGGCAAAUGCAUCUUGCCUCUCACAGCUGCCCUGAGCAGGACAGCUCCAGCAGUGAGGAGGAGGAGGAUGACAAGGAGAAGGACCUCAAAGGACAACGCGCCAGUGUCAGGCUGUUUUCAGUGCCCAGUGUAUUGCCAAUGCAGGAACUGUCCAAGAUGUGCAGGGAUGUGAAGAAGUUGGUGCGUGACCUCCUACGUGUCUGCCGAGUGCUUUGCAGGAAGACUUCCAUGCCAGAGAUGCGCCCGGCUACUGGGAAGGACGGCAUCCACGAAUCCUGGAAUGUCUUUGAGAACCGAAUCGUGUACCAGCUGAUCGUGUUCCUGCAGCCACCCCCCGGGCACUCUUUCAGACUGGAGCCGUAUGGUGGGAUGCACCUGACAGAGAGGUGCUGCGACAUCCGUGUGGUGCUGGAGUGCACAUGCUCAAGGACAGGGGAUAGGUUUUGUUUUCUCCACCCCUCCGACAGCAAUCAGAGCUCUCCCCUCCUGUCCACCCUUUGCACAGGCUCCUGCUUAGAUGUGGAGGAAAUUGCCUGCUGGAUACAAAAUUUGGUGCGAUCAGCCUGGGAGCGUUUGCCUCAGUGGCACGACUGGCAGCUCCGGGUGCUGCCCUCCUCCCACUCCUGCAGGCUCCUGCUGACUGGCCCCUCUGAGGUGCAGCUCUGCGCUGUGCUGCUGUUUGCAGUGCAGCAGGGCAGCCCAGGCACCUUCCUGGUCCUCCAGUAGGCAGUGGCAGCUUUCCCAGGUGCUUGGUUUGGGCCAGGGCUACACGGGGAGUUGGGAGCACACACAGCCAGGACAGCACAACAGAACAUUAUGCUCGGUAUAUG